UAAUAUGUACUCGUUACCUAUUUGUUUCUGCUUCUUCAAGCAUGAGAUCCAUUGCAUCUGUUUAGCCCAGAUAAAAGGUAUUAUAGGAAAACAAAACACACAUUAAAAACCAACCAAAAAAAAAGAAGGAAACUUUAUAAAACCCAUGCUCCCUUUCUUUUGCAAAACCCCGUCAGCAUUUGGUACCAACAACUCCUCCUCUCCCCCAUUAUUUGCUUUCAAGUGCACUUUUCAAAUGGCUGGAUCUUCACUGGAUGAAAUGUCAGAUUCUGGGGCUUUUAUGAGAACUGCUUCAACAUUUCACAACUUCUUCUCUCGAGACCCACCUGAGUCGGGAACGUAUCAUUUGUAUGUAUCAUAUGCUUGGCCCUGGGCUUCCAGGUGCCUUGCAUACUUGAAGAUUAGAGGACUUGACAAAGCCAUCGGUUUCAGGGUUGUCAAACCCAUAUGGGAAAGGACAAAGGAAACUGAUGAGCAUAUGGGGUGGGUUUUUCCCACCUCUAAUACAGAGGAGCCAGAUGCUGAAUCUGACCCCUCCAAAUGGAGCAGAGACUAUAAGAACUAUACUGUGAAGUACUCAGUUCCUGUCCUAUGGGACGAGAAAUUCAAGACUAUUGUUAGUAACGAGAGUUCAGACAUAAUCCGAAUGCUUACUACUGAAUUCAAUGACAUAGCAGAGAAUCCUGAUUUGGGCCUUUAUCCUCCUCAUUUGAGGGCUCUAAUUGAUGAGACAAGUGAAUGGAUGUACAGUGGAAUUAACAACGGCGUUUACAAAUGUUGGCUUGCUAGACAGCAAGAGCCUUAGAUGAGGUCUUUUUGUUGUGGGUUGAUAUCUUCAAUUUAGUGUGGGACUUCUCGGUCUCUACAUUCUUGAAACAGUUCUGUUCUCUUAUUACGUAUGUCUUGUCAUUGGACCAUCAAGGCUGUAAAACAAUUAUAUGAAGCUUUGGAAAAGUGUGAGCAGAUUCUUUCCAAGCAAGCAGCGGUACAUUUGUGGGAACAUUCUGACUGAGGCAGAUAUUCCACCGUUUGUGACCCUUGAGCUAUUUUGUUUGCCCACACAGCUUUAUGGUAUCAUGUAUUUGGUUUAACUAAAACCAUCUUAAUUUACCUAUGGAUGGCUGUGGCUGCCUCGAGCGAAACAAAGAAUGUGUAUUUUUCUUUGUUAUAUGAGUUCGAGUUUACAGUAAAGAUGUGGAAAAUUAAUAUUUUAUAAAUUUGUUAAAUUUUUAAGUAAACAAAUUUAUUUAAAUCG